AUGUGGCUUACGUUGCCGAUCAGCUGUGUUCAGGGCAUCAUUGGAGGUCUUUGCCAGUUUUUUAUGGCCUUCUUCGUCCUGGGCUGCUAUUGCUGUCAGUGUAUCCCGCAGUGGCUAUGUUGUUCAUCCAUGGGUUCCGCCGAGUGUGGCCGACCUUGCAUUCUGGCUCCCGCCUGGUGGAGAUAUGUCAUUGGGGGCUUGACUGCGCUGAUUGCCCAAAGCAGGAGCCGGCUGGCACUCUUUAUUUGGGAAUGGAAGGCUUUUGGCAAUGGCGAUCAUUUCUGGCACGGCGAGGGCUUUUGGUCUGUGACUUAUAAGGAGUGCAGUGACAUCAUGAAGUCUAAUCAGCGCCGUUCCUCCUCCUUCGCUUGCAUUCAGGCAUGCGUACCUGAUUUGUUUGCGACCAACAUCCUCCUUUUCCUGUCGAACAACGGCCCGGACAGCGAGUGGGCAUAUCUCCGCAGUGCAUUGCACUCAACCCUGUUGGACCAUGGUUGCAGAGACUACAUUGACCGGCAGAAGAAGUUGCGCUCACUGGUCGCAAACGAUUGGCCAAAUCCAAAAAUCAGCGAUCUCAGCGAUAUUGAUAAGAUCCGCUUGACAGUCAGCAAAUGCGUUUUCUACAUGAUGUUCGGGAUUUGGUUUUCAAAGGAAGAUGCAGAGAUUCUGAAAGGCUGGCGAGAUAUGGCAGUGUACUUUGUUCUGCCGCGCUUGGUGCACCGAUUCCUCUUCAAUUUCGGCAUCUGCCGAGUGCAGGGUCUUCGUGUCAAGACGGUCGGCUUGAUCGAGAAGCAUGGUUUGGAAUCCUUCAUUAUGGACAUCAACGAAAAGUUGCCUGAAAAAUAUCGAAGGACCCCAAUUGUGAAGUUGUGCGAUGAGAUGAUGGUGAAUCGGGCGGAGCAGGGUUUGGAGUGGGUGGUGUUUCGAGAGUCCUGCCGUAUAGAUCCUCCUGUGACCAGUGCGACCAACGUCUCCAAAGAGGAAAGGGUGAUCAAAUUGCGAGGAAGGGACUACACCAUGUCGGAGAAUACCUUGAAUCAGUAUGUGCUCUCCAUGGCCAACCGUGACCCCAGCAUCUUCCCCAAUCCGGAUGUCUUCGAUCCAAGCCGCAAGGAGAACGGAGCAGGUCUCAGAGUACGGCACAGACAGAUCGACGACGCCGCGCGCGUCCGCACGGAGCUCAGCCAGGCGCUCACCUGGAACGGAGCCUUCGGAACCCCUGACGAAGCGCCUCGGUACGGCCGGAACUGGACACUUUCGGUGAAGAUGGGGGGACCUGUCAGCAAAGCCACCGGAAGGUUGACAUCAUGGAAUUGA